CAUUUGAUAUUUCACUCUUUGCGUUGUGUGCUACAGCGUUCUGUUGACUUUAUUUUGUCCGAUUAAAUUAAUUUUUUUUUUCAGUUUUUAUUAAUUUUCUUGUUAGCCCCAUAAUACGAUGGAAUAUAUAAUACGAAUUUUAAUUUUACUUGUCAUCACAAUCUCCAGGAUAGUAUCAUCGAAUAACAAUGGUUUGAAUACAGGCAACCGACAAAAUAAUGGGAGACGCAGUGAUCGAUUUUGUCCACCAAUGGGAUACAAGGAAAAAUAUGAAGUAGCUUUUGUAGAUAAUGCGUUGCUGAUGUACGGAUGCGCCUAUCUGGAUCACGAUUGGCAACUGAGCGAUGUGCCAUUGUUUCAUUUGUGGCUUGAACGUCCCGAGGAACCAAGCAUCAUACCCAUGUAUUGCAGGAAUACAAGUAAUAUGAACCACUACAUUUUUGAUUGCUUGUCCAAUGAUGAUCCUAUAAUUGAGGAAGAGGUUUCCAAAGGCUUUCAUUAUAUGUCGCUAUUUGAAUAUACACAAAACACAUAUAGCCAGCAAAUCAAUAACAUAAACAAGCUAUCAUACAGAUGUGCAGUGUACGUCGUUGAUGAAUAUGAAAAUUAUGGGGUUGAAGUAAUCCGGAUGGCACUUAGCAAGGGAAAAGCAGAGCAUUUUAAUGUAAGACAGUGCGAAGAUCUAUCGAAUAUUCUGACAAAUAGAGAUCUAGUACCCGAGUCCGCGACGCAAGAAAAUUGGCCCGAAGGAGCUAUGUAUGUAUUUGUAAUGGGAGAUCUUCAGCCCAAAAGACGUAAAACUACAACUACCACAACUACUACAACUACUACAACAACUACAAGAAAACCACCCUUAACAUUUUUAGAAUUUUUAGCUAUGAUACCGGUGUCUACAAACAAUUUUCUAAAUCUGAUCACAGUGCUCGUCUAACCAUAACGACUUUAACACUAUACAUGGGAUAAUAUUAAUAAUAAUUUUUGUCACUUGAUUUUUUUUUUUUACUACAUGCAGAGUGUUAUGUUUUAUGUAUUCUGAUACCAUUGAUGUGAGUAUACAAGCAUACAAUAUUAUAAUACAUUAUUAUACAUUUAUAAUUUAGGCGUUAAAAAUAAAUGUAACUAUGAGAACUAAUAGAAUUAAGAUAUAAUUGACUUCUAUUGAAAUGGACUUCGAAUAGGGUACGAGAAAUAAGAAUUUUUUAUGAAAAUAUUCAAGUAUCUAAUG